UGGUGCUGAUGGCAGAGGAAAGCCUUGCCAGUGGAAGCCUAGGGUAGGAAAGGGAAGAGUCUAGGUGGCAGCGGUUGGCUCACUGGCAGGGAAGUCUGCAAGGACUGUGGUGAAAAGUCUGUCUGGUAAAAGACGCUACAUGGCAGAAUCAUUGUGGAUCUGAAAAGCAGUUUGGAGGACUGGAUCCAGGGGUGUUGCGCAAAGCAGCUGGCAAAGGGGACAUCUUAUGCCAACCGCCACCAUAAACCAGAUGGAAGAGACAUACAGUGGGGACAGCUAUUGGUACCAUGAGGACACCCUCAACGCCACAGUGUCUAACUCCACCAGUGCCUUCCAGUCCCCCUUCUCCCCCCUGAUGGAUAAUGCCAUAAGCUGCAUCACCAUCAUCAUCCUCUUCAUCACCAUGGUCUCUUUGGGCUGCACCAUGGAGAUCUCCAAGAUUAAAGUCCACAUACUGAAGCCCAAGGGGGUGGCCAUCGCUGUGGUGGCCCAGUAUGGCAUCAUGCCGCUCACAGCCUUUGCACUGGCCAAAGCCUUCCAGCUCAGCUCCAUUGAGUCCAUUACAGUGCUUAUCUGUGGCUGCUGCCCAGGAGGAAACCUGUCCAACAUCUUUGCCCUGGCACUCAAGGGGGACAUGAACCUCAGUAUCGUCAUGACGACUUGCUCCACGGUGCUGGCUCUGGGCAUGAUGCCGCUGCUGCUCUACCUGUACUGUCAGGGCCUGGCCAACGUGGAGAACGCAGUUCCUUACGGCGGGAUCACCAUCGCUCUCGCCAUGACGCUGGUACCCUGCGCCAUCGGGGUCUUCCUCAAUGCCAGGGCGCCGCAAUACUCCAAGAUCAUCAUCCGGGCUGGAAUGAGCAUUCUGCUGCUGGCCUCAGUGGCGAUAGCCGUCCUCUCAGGCAUGGUGAUUGGAAGCACGAUCUGGAGUGUCCUGUCUCCCACUCUGAUCGGCACAGCCGCUUUCAUGCCGCUCGCCGGGUACCUGUUCGGCUACAUUCUCUCCAGCCUCUUCCGUCUCAAUGAGAAGUGCAAAAGGACGGUCUCCAUGGAGACAGGCUGCCAAAAUAUCCAGCUGUGCUCUACUAUUCUGAAAGUGGCUUUCCCAGCUGAGGUCAUCGGACCCCUGUACCUGUUCCCUCUCAUCUACAUCCUGUUCCAGGCUGGAGAGGCCCUGCUUUUCAUCAUUCUCUUCAGAUGUUACGAAAGGAUGAGGCCACAAGCAGACGAUUCUGCUAAGAUUGUGUAUGUAGCUGUGGACAGUAAAGUGGACGAAGUGAAGCUGCCGUAGACCCGUGCUACACCGAUAAGUGUCCGACGCCUGCAUGCCUCUGCCCUUUUCAACUGGAAACGCUGCUAUUAAUGAUAAGAACCAUGAGGGGAGGAAGUGUGCUUCAAUCAGACAAGUCCUCCUCUUCACUGUAUCAAGAGUGAUAGUCUGUUGAACAUAACUUGACAGAGGUGUUCAAUUCACCGAGCUUGGGGUAUGUUCAUUUCAAUGCAGCCAGAGCAGUAUAUCAUUUAAAGAAACCUUUCAAAAAAUGGGACUGAUUUGUCACUAGCUGGGUUUUUUUGUUGGUGUAUAAUGUCUCAGGUAAUCUUGCUACUGAACUGUCACACAACCAGUGCUAGUAUGAACUGCAGAUGUAUUUCCUGACUGGAAGAUAGACAGGGGUGAGGUAAAAAAUGAAGGAAUCAUUUAUUGCACUAAAGAAUGGAACUUACAGUAUCACAACUAUUUGGCAAUAAAGGACAAGAGAUGUAGAUGGUAAAAAUGUGCAUUCAAACUUAAUAUCUGAUGUUUAGAAUGUUUAGAUGCAGACUGUGUUUUUAACUAAUGCCAAAUACAUCACUAACACUUUCUUUAUUAUUGUUAUAUUAUCAAUACUUUAAAUAAAGGACAAUACUAAAAUCACAACUGUAACUGAAAUGAAAGGAGUUGAAAUUAAAAAGGUACCCAUGGCCCAACACACAUCCUAAAUGCACUGCCUGGCAACUUUAUUUGGACCUGUACAUAACUGAGUUAGGCCACCAUUUGACUCAUCGCAGCAGACUCCACAAGGUGCUGGAAUCAAUUCCAUCAUUAACACUUCACACAAAUGGAGCAGAGUUGGAAGCAAAGGAUUGUGACAAAUAUUCGUUCAAAUUCACCCCAAGAAUGCUUAAUUGGAUUGAGACCCAGGGAUUGCAGUGGCCACGGAAGUUGCCUGAAGUAUUUAUCAUGCACCUAAAACAAUUCAUACACAAUUUUGCAUCUGAGAAGGCCACUGCAUUAUCAGCUUGAACAUAGCCAUCAGGGUAUAAGUAUCAGUGCAGCAUUGUUGGCUGGAUUGUAUCUACGACGAUGCUUAACUGGGGUAUACCAGGAGAACAUGCCCCUCACCUGGACAAUGCCAUAUCCAGUUACAGCUCCCAAUACCAUGGCUAAGAUGUGUAUGUAUAAUACAGCCUAUAAACAAGCUAGCGUUUAGAAGAGUAAACCCACAUUUAAAUGCUCAAAAAAAUUCAAGAUUCGAUACAAGGAUUUCUUUCUCAAAAUUGUCACAUUGCACCCCGUAAAAAUAACAUCCAGCAAAAACCAUAACCAAGGUAUUGUUUGGGAUAACCGAUGUUUUCUGCCAUUAUGUGCAGUUAUUGGAAAAGUGAAAAUAUCAGCCUGUUAAAGCAGCUUUUUGUUCCAAAUUUCAUGGAGUAGUAAAGACACUAAAGCAUUGGUCUUCAAAGCUGACACACCAAUAUGUAAAACAUGAAAAGGGGAGUUUAAAUUAUUACAAUCUUCUAAUGAACCCUGGAGUGUCUGCUUGGUGGCAUUUGUAAAUAUGUAUUUGAGUAUCAUUUUAUUUUACAUUUUGGAAUAAACUAUUCGUAGCAAGAGUGAGGAUGAUUCCCCCUUAAAAGAUGAUAGCCCGGUCUCCUCCAAAUCUUACUGGAUUAGCCCACAUCAAAAGCACCUGGAAACAAAAAGUGCAAGCCAGAGCAGAAAAAUAAUUUUAAAAAGUUUUAAACUUUGGCUUGUGCAACAUAUUUAUAAGCAAACAAACUAAACAUACAUCGUUCUAGCUCAAGUUGACCCUCCUUGUGUGGGUGAUGUAGAAAACAUGGUGGCAAUGCCUACAUGGUGAGAAUGUUUCUAUAGGGUGUGGAAAAGCCAGAUUUCUGGUCUUCACCCCCACCCCAUGUAGGGAAUGACCAGGACAAAACAUGUAAAAGCUUGUCAUAAGCAGUCAAUCACCCCUCCUUGGUCGACUUGAGCUGGAAUCAGCCUAAAUGUAUUCAGCAGUGUGUCAGUACUAAACCAUUGUUGAGUAACAAGUACUCUGGCAGUGAUUGCAGCAUCUUUUACCAGAACUCUUUAGGUUUGGGACAGCAGUUCAAGGUUGCAAACAUGCAAGAACUUAACAAAUGCCAGACAUUUAAAUGCAUUUGUUGGUUAUUUUCCAUGAUUAUCUGCGAGAUGCAAAAUACACAAGAGAAGUUUUAAUCUAAAAACUUGACUAGUGAAAAGCAGUUAACCAAAGUGGGUGAAACUGUGAACGUAGUCUAGCUUUCUGGAGCCAAACACUCUAGGAAGUCAACAAAGCUUCAAUUCACGACACUGUAAUUAGUAAAGCUUUAUGUAUUUAUUUGAAAGUGGUGCACACAAAUAAUUUACAAUGCUGAUCUGAACAUUUCUCCCAAAGAUCCCGCUGAAAUCUAUUUUUAUCUUUAUUAAAAUACACACCAAUACUAAACUGUGUGGACUCUGAACCAAUCCUUUAAUACAAAAAUUAAAAGGUAUUUUAUACCAGGGGUGUCCAAUCCUCAUCCUGGAUGGCCAGUGUCCCUUCUGGUUUUUGGGACAACUGUCCUAAAUUACUUAAUUGGACCGACUAUUGUUCCAAGUAAGCAAUUUAGGGCACAGUGUAAACAAAAACCAGGAGGGGCACCGGCCCACCAGGACCAGAAUUGGGAACCCCUGUUUUAUACCUCUUCCAAGGUGAAUUUUUUUUUUUUUUUUUAAAUGCACCCACCAA